UUUGGCAGUUUGAGGUCGGGUGGAGAAGAGUGUAGACGCGCAGUGAUUUUUUCCUCUCGUGUUCUGGAACCUUCAUAGGAACUUGUGAUAUCAUAAAGUUAUCAAGUGUUCUAGUGGACAAAAUUUUCAAAUAAUUUGAUUUUGUGCAUCGCAUCUCGCGCAGACUUGGUGUUGACUAAUGCGAGUACUGAUUGUUACGAAGUCGGUGUUGAAAUAAACCCGUGUGAUAAUAGUUACGUACUAUAGGUGUCGCCAUGGUCAGGGUCAACCAUCCACCGGGAGGGAAAAUGAAGCUCAACGAUGAGGCUGAACCUGACAGCCGCACGGUGAGGGUGCUGAAACCGCCUGGUGGAGGCUCAUCCAUUGUCUUCGAUGAGGACGAAAACAUGAAGCCCAUUAAGAGCAAGCCCCAGCCUCAGCAGCAGCAGCCCCAGCCCAAGGAGGAGGCCCCCACAGGCUGAGAUAGUAGAGAAACAGGCACCACCACCCCCGCAGGAGGCAAGCGACGCUAAGCCUGAAACCAAUGGUAUGAACUCCCAUGACUCUGUCAAAGAGGAUGCUGCCGCCUCUAGGGACAGUUUCCCUUCCCCCGCCCCCGCCACUAAUGGUCAGCACUCACCUGCCCCCAACGGGUCCCCUGCUGUUAAUGGGUCAAGUGCUGUUAAUGGAUCUGUGAGCAGUGGCUCCACUAGCAGCAUGUCUCCAUUCCCUGGAGGCACCCCAAAACACUUAAACACCCAGACACGCAUCUUCGGGGAGGACCAGCAUAAUGUCCCCACACCCAGGCGUCGUCUGCGGGACCACGAAACGCAGCAACAUCUUCGCUGAUGAAGGGGCCACUAACGGUACCCACAGGCCAGCAGAUAGCUCCAGCAGCAGCACCAGCAGCUCUUGCCCCAGCAGUGGCACCCCAGAGGCCAGGACACCUGAGCAGGCUCCUCAACCUCAGCCACCGCAGCAGCAGCAGCAGCAGCAGCAUCGGCAGCGUGUUCCCCCUGGUGGCUUCUCCACUCGGCUGUGGUAGUUGCCCUCCUCUGUUCCUCUGCUUACUCCUCUCUUUCUUUUCUUGCUAGACCUUUGGCUUCUUCCCUCCCAACUUCACCACCAAUAUCCCUCACUUAUCACAACAUUCACAGCACCAAGGCCACACAGCUUUGAGUUUGAGUGUGAGUGUGGCAGACGCAAAAUAAAACCAUCAAAAUAUCUAUACAUAUUGUCGAUGUUACUUGACAUUGUCCUGUAAGUGUUUGUCUACAUCCAAACACACACACACACAUGCAUACAUUAUUUCAUCUUUGAUUUAUCUCUUGCUUUCUCUCUUCCUAUUUCACAUUGUUUUGUGGUGUAAGAUUCUUCACUAUAUAUUUUGUAAGGGAGUUUUCUUACGUUGUGGUAGAGGUUAAUGUGGUUGUUUAAGAUAGAGGGAACUUUACUGUCAUAACUUCUUAUUUUAACACGUACAUGAUUAUAAUAACGCAGUGCCACUCUGUCCUACUACUAUUAAUAGCUGUCUUUUUGCUGUGAGUCAUAAUAGAGAGUUAACUGUAGCUUUCCCCUAACUGAGCAGUACCUAUCCUAGCCUGUACUGUAACUGCUUAGUCCUCUUUGUAUCAGUGGGCCAGCAGGAGACCAGUCCCAAAGAGUGUUGUGAAUCCUUCUGUUUGCUUUUGAUCCCUGACUGAGCAAGGCCGCAUCUGUAUCCCAUAGAAAACAAUACCAAGGGAGAGGCCAUGGCAAACAACUCUUGGGUGGUGGUGGUCCCGAUUGAGGCCACACUUAUGGUCCAUUCUUAGCUUUCAGUUGUGUCAAGAAGGUAUAAGUAUCCUAUUUAGCCAUAUUAAGAUUGCUCAACCAGUUUUGCUUUUUCCUUCCUUCUUCUUGAGCCAGGUGAACCGAGGUCAGGAUCAGGUAGAGUGUAAGGACGAUUAUUCUCACGCACCAAAAGAAAAUACUGUACUUCUUAUCCAUUCCAUGUUAGCAUUAAGCUCCUUCGAACCCUUGGAGACACUGCUGCUGCCAAAGUAAAUUCACGAUGAAGUGAUUGAAGGUGCCUGGUAAUCCAUCCACAUAUCAUAGCAUCACUUGGAGGUCCCAUGAGGAAAGUGUGUGGAGCCUCCUUGCAUCAUCCCAUGUCACACCCUAACCAACACCCUCCCUUCCUUAUUGUGGAUCAGUUAUCUACUAUUAUGAAAUAAUUUUGGUAGGCACUGUUAGCACCCCUUUUCCUUGAUUGUCUGGACAGCAUUCCAGCGACUGUGAUAAUUCUUGUGUUAAUUAAGAGAGAGAGAGUGUGGCCACAAGGAAGGUAGAGGUAUACGCACCUUCUGAAAAGUCCUGCUGCUUGCUUAGAACUGGCCCCGUCUGGCUCUAUAGUAAAGCUACUUUGUAUUAGUUUUAAUAAAUUAAUAAUCUGUCAAGGGUUUUUCAUCUACAUGCUGUUUAACCUUGACUUGGUUGUAUUAUAUAUGGCAUAUUUGUUGUGUUUUAUUUCUGAAUUGCCCAACUAUGAAGAGUGUGGAAGCCAUGAUCUGAAUAUGGUGCUAAAAUUGUGGUGUACAAGUUCAUGAGAUGAUAGUAAUGAAAGUGAUAAAAAUGAUUGGGUAAUGUGGACAUUAACUUCUCCAUAAAAAGGAACAUUCAACUGGUAUAAGUGAGCUGCCUGGGAAUAUGUAGGUUAGUUUUGGAAAGGAAAUGUGGACAUUAACUUCUUCAUAAAAAGGAACAUUCAAGCAGUAUAAGUGAGCUGCCUGGGAAUAUGUAGGUUAGUUUUGGAAUAUAAUUUUAGUUGCUUUAUAUUAACUAGUUAAUUACAUUUUAAGUUUUAUUAAGUAUUGAUAUUAAGUAAAAAAAAGACUAGAUAUUUGAACUUCUCUGAGUUAUAAAGUUGGAGGCAUACACCAUAUCUGUGUGUGGCCUCAUUGCUCAUGUCUAUCUCAUUGUUAAGCUGUGUCCAUAUCAAAUUGUGCCCACAAGCACAAGCAGGCAGUUUACCCAUUGACUGGUUCCCUGCUUCUACUUGCUAAAAUAUUGGUAAUGUGCAUUUGUUAUUAGUUGUAUGAAAUCGCCAGACACUGCAUAUAGCCGUACAACCACUUGUUCUGGCUGUUGUCUGGGUUUGACUGGGCCAGAUCAACACCAUGGGGACAAUAAAACUACGGUUGUGCCCUUGGACUUAGCCCAGUUGUGGGCAGUGGGCACCAGGCUGUGCUUGAUCAUGUGGAUCUUUGAGCCUGUGGUGCAUGAUAUCCCUCACCUGGGACACUGGGCCUGAUGAAACUUUGUGAUGCAGGAUAGUACUAGUGGAUGAAUAAAAAUAACAUAAAAUAAAUAAAAUAAGACGAUAAGAGUAAGACAAUAUGCAUAAAUUGCAAACCAUCUUAAUUUAUGGGAAAGAUUUUGAAAGAAAGAUGAAGAUAGACUAAGUUUGGUCAAAAUCACUGGGAAAACUGCCAGGAUCUGCAGGUUUCUUGAUUUCAAAAGACAGCUCAGUAAGCUUUGGCAUAAGGCAUAUACAAGUUUGGUACUCAUUAAAUUUUGGGAUUAUAAACACCUGCAAAAAUGAGUCACUGUACAUGGAGAGAAAAAAAAAUAAUAAAUAAAUAAAAUGCGGUAGAAGAAAUGUGAGGAGUGAAAGCAUUAGUAAGAAAGAUGGGAAAGUUUGGUCAUGCAUGCAGUUUUGGUUAUACAAAAUGGAAAUUGCAGAAACUACCCGAGAAUAUGUAAUUGAUAGUGUAUUGUGGUAUUUUAUGUUGGGAGGGAUUAACGUGUGCUGGUCUUCCCUGAAAAAUUCAUUCCUUACCACUAACCAGCACAAUAGAAUUUAAUUAACUUUUGGUAUAUGUCUAAAGAUAAUAGGCUGUGAUAUUUUCAUGUAAAAUAUAAUUUUCCUAACAUCUAACAUCAUCUUGGUUAAAGAAGAAAACUGUUGAAACUGAACUGAGAGAACCUGGAAGUAAAAGGUAACAAAUACAUUCAUACUGUAUAGGAGUGUGCAAGGAUGGUACAGAGGAAGAAGUGGAGGAAGAAAAGUGGAUUUAGCAUGGUGAUAUUGAGUUAACUGGUAUUGUAUAGUUCGAAAUAAACUGAAAGAAGCGAAUAAUGUAUAGCAAGAUUAAACAGAUACAGUAAUUAUUAUAUCAAAAAAUUUUUCAUGUCCAGGAAGGUAAGUACUUUAAAAGUAAUAGAGAAAUUAAUGGAUAAUACUUGGUACAGUUGCCAAAUUAAAUAUCUAUGUUAUGAUGGCAGAGGACGAGAAAAAUGAGAGUAAAGAAACUGAAAAAAAAAAAAAAUAGCCUAGCUAAUAGUGAUCGUAGGACAGCUAGAAACAAUUGCUUGCAGACUUUAUUUGUGCAUAAAAAUAUAUAUAUAUUCCUUUGUAUAUAAUAGGUAUAUAUGAUAGGCAGAUAUAUCACGUUACAGCACGGUAUAUUGCAUAACAAUUUCACAGUCAUGUUGAUUCGUGUGAAGAAAAAAAAAAAAACGAAAUUUUGAUUUGAAUUUCGCGCGCACAGGGCUACAUAAAUCUAGAUGAGGAAAAGAUGCAUAAAAAAAAAAAAAAUUAAGAAUAUUACUUGUAUACUUAACAUUAUUCUAUACAAUUAUAAUGAAGCUAUAAAAGAGCUCAAGUAGAUAGUUAUGAAACACGAAAUGUGUAGGUAGAAAGUAAAAAAAAAAAAAAAAGUCAGUCACUGAGUCCGUGGUGGAGGAAAAGGGAACAGGAAAAUCAGUCUCUAUAUAUGUGUAGUGUACGUGGAGCGUGGACCUGCGAACCCCAAGUGUUUUGCAGUCUCAUAUACCGCUGCCUUACGUAGAUGACAGUCCAGCCGUCCGGUGAACUUUGAAGGAAGAGAAGUUAAGGACGCAUUCUCCAGUUGGUACACAUCUUACACAGCUGCCUAGAGAUAUGAAGACUACCACCUACCUGACGACGACGCUGAUGGUGGCUCUCCUUCCACAGGUGAUAGCACAGUGUCCCACCCUGGAAGUCUCUGUCAUCCACAACACCUCCAGUCUCUCCAUACUCGUUAAUGGUGAACAAGUGGAGGAAGUGGACGUGGGCGGGCGUGACGGGUUGGGGCGGCGUGCAUGUGGCGGUCCUGCACCCAGCUAGCGGCGUCCCACUGGCCUCCCGCUCGCUGCCCACCGCCAAACCCUCUGAGGCGCGGGUCCUGGCACGCUUCCUCGGCUCCCUGCAGCCUGGCCGCAUCUUGGUCCUCGCGGUGCUGGUGAGGACACUGGUGCAUUGCUAUGAGAUAUCUUGGGAUCGUUUGGUGUAUGCUUACUCGUGUUUUCCUCAUGUAAUGUUUGCAAGUUGAUGUUUUAUAACUUGAUGCUGAAAGUUAGAUAGGUAGGAUAGAUAGAUAGAUAGAUACAUAGAUAGAUAGAUAGAUAAAUAAAUUGAUAGAUCGAUAAAUAGACAGGUAGACAAACAUAGAUAUAGAGUGUUUGUUUACAUAUAAUAUAUUGCAAAUUGAAAAGCAUAAUGAAUGAGCAGAAUACGUAAUCUUGAAAUAUGUACAUAUGUAAAAAAAAGUUUUACUAUACCUACGUACACAUUGUUAGUGGGUGCCAAACGUUGUUAAUACAACGCCAUGUUAAAUCCGCUAAAGUGUUAUGUAAGUGUGUGUACUACAUGCUAUACACACUAUCUUUGUAUACCUCUAUUUUUUGUGAAUAUAUUUCAAGUAUAAUUCACACACACACACAAGAUUUAUACAGCUUUUCAGACAGAGCAAUAAAUUACUGAAAUUUAUUACCGAAAGAAGUUGUGUGUGUGUGUGUGUGUGUGUGUGUGUGUGUGUGUGUGUGUGUGUGUGUGUGUGUGUGUGUGUUGUAUAUGGUUUAUUUGUUUUAGUACAUUUUGUUUGAUAUCAAGUUUUUACAGUUUUGUUUCGUCGUUUAUCUUGUGUUGAGUGAUACUUUCUACUUUCGUUCAUAUUAAUGGGAUGUUGUUAGCCUUGUUAAUGUUAAUUUCAGGCAUUUAAUGUUUUAUUGAGCAAAAUGUUUUAGUUCUGAAUAUGUUUUUAUUCACCAUUUAUUGUUAGAUAUUAUCAUUACGUAAGAAAAUAAAUAACUCCUUCUGUGUAUGUACAAAACAUUCUGUACCCGUAUCAAGAAAAAAAAUGUAUGAUAAAUCACUAAAAAGAGGCGAGACAUGAAAAGCUUAAGACAGUCCUGCAACAGUAUAACAAGGACAGUCGGGGUAGAACAACACACACCUGUCCCCUCUUAUCAACACCUGCCCUCCCUCCUCCCCUCCAAGGCAGACGGCGCACUCUACCUCUCCCCUGCAGAGGACACCCUGAGACGUUUGGGUUUUCGGGCAGUGGUUGAGGCGUUGGGAGUCGGGGAGGCGUGGGUAGGCGUGACGGAUGGGAGGCUGACGCGAGAG